AUGAUCACGGCGCAGAGCGCGCUGCUGGAGAGGGAAGCGCAGGAGUCCAGCACCACGGACGAGGAGCUCGCAGGCCGGAGGGCGGCCAACGGGAGCAGCGAGAGGGGCGGCGCCGUCAGCACCCCCGACUACGGGGAGAAGAAGCUGCCCCAGGCUCUCAUCAUCGGGGUCAAGAAAGGAGGGACCCGCGCGCUGCUGGAGGCGAUCCGAGUGCACCCGGACGUGAGGGCGGUGGGCGUAGAGCCGCACUUCUUCGACAGGAACUACGAGAAGGGGCUGGAGUGGUACAGGUAG